AUGCCGAAUCGAACUCAAAAAGGAAUAAGCCAACAAUUAUCGUAUUGUCUACGUAAAUCGAAAUUGGCAGUGGGCCAUUCAAAUAUUGUUAUAAGAGAAUUCAAACUAUCUUUACUGAAGACAAUACGAGAAAAUCUGUGUUUGGAAUGGAAUUUGAAAGUAGAAAAUUCAUUUCAUGGGUGA